AUGCACACCUACCUGCCAACCUGGCUCGCGCUCUCAACGGCAGCAAUCCUACCUACAGCGACGGCAUUCUACCCUUACCACUAUACCUCCGGCAAAACCUCCUCCACAUCAACCCGAUCGCAUCGAACCUCCCCACAACCAGCGUCCUCCCAAGCCGGGACCUCGCGCUCCAUAACGCUCCCGCUUCGUCGCAUACGCACACCCUCAUUACGAUCCCGCCAAAACGUCUACAACAUCGUCAAUUCGAACAACCCCAGCCAAGAAAACAGCGUAGCCAUAGACCAAGAUGGCAGUGAUCUCAGCUACAUGGUCGCUGUAACGUUCGGCGACAACACGGAUGAAUACCAUCUGCUGCUCGAUUCAGCGGCUAGCAACACCUGGGUUAUGAGCGAGGAGUGCGACAGCGAAGCGUGUAAGACGCAUGCGACUUUCGGGACGGCGGAUUCGAGUACGCUGAAAACCGACGCAACAACCCCCUUCAGCGUAACCUACGGCACAGGCUCCUCGUCAGGCCACCUCGCAACCGACGUCCUCCACCUCGGCCCCUCCCUCUCCCCCACCCUCACAUUCGGCCUCGCGACGAACGUAUCCGACGAGUUCCGCGCAUACCCCAUGGACGGCAUACUCGGCAUCGGCCGCGGCGUACAAGGCACAGGCGACGAUGAAAUUGACGCACCACAAAUUAUGGACCUGCUUUCGAGCCAGAACCUCAUCGGCGCAAAGAUGUACGGUAUACAUUUGAGUCGGGGCGAGGACGGGAAGAUGGACGGCGAACUGAACUUGGGAGAAGCGAACAAAGAGCGGUUUACCGGCGACAUCAACUACAUCGAAUGCGUAGACAACGAGUCAGGGUUUUGGGAGAUACCAUUGCAAGACGCUGGUGUGGAUGGAAAGUCUGCUAACCUUACCACUGGAGUCGACCGAACGGCGAUAAUGGAUACGGGCACAUCCUUCAUCCUCAUACCCGAACCAGAUGCUCUGGCUCUACAUUCCCAAAUCCAGGGCUUCGAACAAGAUGGCGAGACGUUCUUCGUGCCCUGCGAUACGAGCGCUGCCAUACAAUUCAGUUUCAACGAUCGUGUAUACAACAUUUCUACAGCGGAUUGGGUGGGCGGUAAAGACGAUGGAUCAGAGUUGUGCAGAAGUAAUAUCGUAGGCAGGAAGACAUUUGGCGACAACCAGUGGUUGGUGGGCGAUGUGUUUCUCAAGAACGUGUACAGUGUAUUUGAUUUCGAGGGCAGUAGAGUGGGAUUGGGUGUGCUGGGACAGGAGCAGGAUGUUGUUGCUGAGAGUGAGAGCUCUACUGGUAUGUUUGGACCUUUUUCGAAGUAA